UCUUUCCUGUUUCUUCUCUGAUUCCACAAAAACAGUCUAAUCCCUUUAUAUUUUCUUUCAAUUAUCUUUUUACUAACAUUUUUUUUUUAUAUAUUUCUUCCUCUGUAUCUUCCUCUCUCUCUCUCUCUCUCUAUUCAUUUUCUUUUUUUCUUACAAAAGAAACUUCAUUCGUCUUCCUCUUGCGUUCAUAAAAGCUUCAACACCCAUAUAUUUUGGUUUCUAACGUUACCAUCUCAUCUUCUUGUUGUUCUCUGCUGAAGGACGUUUUGACUCUUAACGUCGUAAAGCUUUCGUAAACCACCAAUCAAAUCAAAUCUUCUCUACAGGAGGAAACAAAACUACAAAGAAAAGUUAAGUCUUUUUUUCUAAGUCUAAAAACGCCAAGAAACAGAGUUACUGGGUAAUUUAAUCAUUAGGGUUCUUCAACCAAGCUACAUUGACAGAACAAGAAGAAAAGCUUGUUGCUUUAUGCAUUUGAGUCCAACUCUGUUUCUUCAUAUAUCGAUCUGAUUUCCCCAGAUCAAUUCCCCAAGAAAGGAACUUUCUUUAAAUGAUUCGUGAUAUCUCAAGUCUACAAAACGACAUCAUAAACAUUCAAGAACACUGUUCACUCAACAACAACAACAACAUGGACAUGAGAAGAGAUAACCGGAAGAACAUCAGUUUUCGUGGAUCAGCUCCUGCUCCGAUCAUGAGGAAGCAAGAACUGUUUCGGACAUUGUCGUCACAGAACAGUCCGAGGAGGCUAAUAUCAGCUAGUUACUUCAGUUUGGAAUCAAUGGUUGUGCUUGUUGGUCUCACUGCAUCUCUCUUGAUCUUACCCUUGAUUCUUCCCCCAUUGCCUCCUCCUCCGUUUAUGCUGCUUUUGGUUCCUAUUGGGAUUAUGGUUUUGCUUAUGGUUCUUGCUUUCAUGCCUUCUUCUAACUCCAAACAUGUAGAAGUAACUUCUUCUUCUUCCACUUUUAUGUAAAACGUUUCUUUAAUUGAAGAAAUCCUUAAAAAAACCUGAGGAAGUUUUGUCUUAUUGUCAUUUACUUAAGGUUUCAGGGUAAGCGAUUAAUACUAUUUCAUUUGUAAAACUUUGUUUCUUGUUGCUGCAGAAUUAUACAACUAUAUAAAUAGAGAGAACUUAAUCG